GUGGCACGUGACUCUGAGGCCCAGCACCCCUCUUGAGCAAGAGGCUCCCCACAGGGGGCCCGAGGUGCGGAACUGCAGUGUGGUGACCCAGAAACCCUCGCGUGUCAGCUCGCGGGACGUGCUGUGUGUAUUCUUCACGUGUUGGUGGUGGGCCACAGGUUCUGCUCACCUUCCUCUCAGAGCCCAGCCAGCAGCCAAGAUGGUGGACCACCUGGCGAACACCGAGAUCAACAGCCAGCGCAUCGCCGCUGUCGAGAGCUGCUUUGGGGCGUCGGGGCAGCCGCUGGCCCUGCCCGGCCGUGUGCUGCUGGGCGAGGGCGUGCUGACCAAGGAGUGCCGCAAGAAGGCCAAGCCGCGCAUCUUCUUCCUCUUCAACGACAUCCUGGUGUACGGCAGCAUCGUGCUCAGCAAGCGCAAGUACCGCAGCCAGCACAUCAUCCCGCUGGAGGAGGUGACGCUGGAGCCGCUGCCCGAGACCGCGCAGGCCAAGAACCGCUGGAUGAUCAAGACGGCCAAGAAGUCCUUCGUGGUAUCGGCCGCCUCGGCCACGGAGCGCCAGGAGUGGGUCAGCCACAUCGAGGAGUGUGUGCGGAGGCAGCUGCUGGCCACCGGCCGCCCGCCCAGCAGGGAGCACGCGGCGCCCUGGAUCCCCGACAAGGCCACGGACAUCUGCAUGCGCUGCACGCAGACGCGCUUCUCCGCGCUCACGCGGCGCCAUCACUGCCGCAAGUGCGGCUUCGUGGUCUGCGCCGAGUGCUCCCGCGAGCGCUUCCUGCUGCCGCGCCUCUCGCCCAAGCCCCUGCGUGUCUGCAGCCUCUGCUACCGUGAGCUGGCCGCCCAGAAGCAGGAGGAGGAGGGGGGCGCAGGGUCCCCCCGGCAGCUGGCCCAUCUGGUCGGCGCCUCCAGUGGAGAUGAGGACGACUCAGAGGAGGACAGGGAGGGCGGCGACUGGGCCAGUCGCGUCAUGUUCUACACGUCCGGCAUCUCCUGGUCGUCCUUCCACAGCUGACCCGGUCUGCAGAUGGGGGGGCCCAGUCAUGUCUGCAGAUCGGGGGGAUGCCCCAGUCAUGUCUGCAGAUGGGGGCACCCCAGUCAUGUCUGCAGAUGGGGGGCCCAGUCAUGUCUGCAGAUCGGGGGGAUGCCCCAGUCAUGUCUGCAGAUGGGGGGCACCCCAGUCAUGUCUGCAGAUGGGGGGGCCCAGUCAUGUCUGCAGAUGGGGGAACACCCCAGUCAUGUCUGCAGAUGGGGGGGAUGCCACAGUCACAUCUGGAGAUGGGGAACACCCCAGUCAUAUCUGCAGAUGGGGAACACCCCAGUCAUGUCUGCAGAUGGGGGAUACCCCAGUCAUGUCUGUAGAUCAGGACCACCCCAGACCAUCCUGCAGAUCGGGGGGACUCCGAGUUGCAGCCAAGCCAACUCUGGGCCCAUUGCAGGGCAGCGUCCCUGAGCUGUCCUGUGUCCCCCAGGACUCACCCCUGUGCCGUGGACUGAGCGGGUCUCCCGGCCUCGGACCUUUCUGCUAGUGCACUUCAGGCCUUUGUCUCCCCUUAGCAAACCUGAAACCUCAGGCCUCUUUGGAACAAACCAUUUCUCAGCCCGCCAGCUGCAGGUCCAGGCCCAUGAGUCCCGUGACCACAGGCAUCUUUAGGGACCAGGGGUGACUGGAGUGAGGUCUCCUCUCUUAACCCCAAGCACACCCCCAGGGAAGACUAGGUGCUGAGAGGCCAGCAGGAUGCCAAGGCCUGCCCACUGCCAGCCCCAGCCUGAUGCAGGGGGCCUCAUCAGAUGGGCGCCACAGCACACCAGAGCCACUGCGUGGUGAGUGUGCUGUGUGUGGGCACCCGGCCCCAGACUGCAGCCUGAGCCCCCGCAGCCUGGUGUCACCUCCUCCACAUGUCUGCCACCUGUCCUGUCCUCAUCUCCACCUGCCAGUGACAGGAACCAACUCAG